ACAUUAUUGUACAAAGUUGCCUAGAAGACAUGAGCUGCAAAACACUAACGGUUCCAGCUCGUAUACUCCGUCAUUUUUUCCAAAAACGUCGUGGAGUUGUUCACCUGGAUCCAAUGCGGAUGUACUAUGGGUCCCGGCAGGUGGUCCCGGGAUCAGCCGUCCGCACCGUGGACCUCCGCAGCGACACGGUCACCAAACCCGGAGCAGGCAUGCGCCGAGCCAUGGCCGAGGCAGAGGUCGGAGACAAUGUGUUCGGAGAAGACCCCACGGUUAAUGAACUACAAAAGUUUGCUGCUGAUAUGUUUGGCAUGGAAGCAGCUUUGUAUGUCCCCACAGCAACGAUGAGUAACCUGAUUGCAGUUAUGGUGCACUGCAGAGAGAGGGACGAUGAGAUGAUAGUAGGUGAUCUCUCUCAUAUUCACGUUUACGAGCAAGGGGGAAGUGCACAGAUUGCAGGCGUCCAUUCUGCAACAGUCACUACUCUUGCCGAUGGCACCUUUGACCUCAACCAGCUGAUUUCCAAGAUCCGUCACGGUUACCCUAACCAACACUACCCACGCUCCCGCCUGGUUUGUGUGGAAAACACGCACAAUGUUCAGGGAGGCCGCGUCCUCCCACUAUCCUUCCUGCAGGAGCUUCGGUCUGUGGCUGAUGAGUUUGGUUUGGCUGUGCAUAUGGAUGGAGCGAGGGUGAUGCAUGCAGCUGUGGCUCUGGGCGUCCAACCCGCUGAGAUACUACAGCACUGCCACUCUGUCAGUGUGUGUCUGUCUAAGGGACUCGGGGCACCUGUGGGCACCAUGCUAGGUGGGUCAAAAGAUUUCAUACAGAGGGCAGUACGUGCCUGCCAGGCACUUGGCGGUGGAAUGCGUCAGUUGGGUGUCUUGGCAGCUGCUGGUAAGAUUGCCCUCUCAGACAUGAUUGGCAGACUCGAGGAGGACCACAGGAAAGCCAGAAGCUUUGCUCAAGCAUUGUUAGAGUGUGACCCUCCUCUGUACCAGUUGGAUCUGAACACUGUGGAAACCAACAUUUUGAAGUUCCAUCUGCGGGACACCCAGAUGAGCCCGGUGGAGUUCUGCAAGCGGAUGGCAGGCGUAGCUGAAGAAGAGGUGGAGGCUCUGGGCCAGGGGGUCAAGGUUCUGAUGUUCCCCCAUCUCGGGGGAGCAGUCAGGGCUGUGUGGCAUCUAGGCAUCAGUGAGGAAGACACUCAGCUGGCUAUACUGAAGGCUCAGUUUGUGGCUCAACAGCACAAACUUAAGUUGAACAGGGCAUCUUGAUAAGAGCUUUUGACCAAUCAGAGGUGUCUUCACACCAGUCUUUUGGUCCCAGGAACCUUUUUAAAAAAAGGGAAAACUGCAAAAUGAAUCAAUUGUAUUCACUAC